AUGUCUAUAGAUUUUCCACCUUCACUGUGCGAAACAAAACAAAAUUUGUUGAUACAUAAAAACAAACUCAAAUUUGGUGCAUACGGUUUUCUCCUGGUCUAUAUUUUUUAUACACAUUUCGAUAUGUUCAGCAAUCCUCAGUGCAUUAUCGAAAUGCCAAACAAAAUGUCGGAGAUAUUCAGGGAACCGGAAUUCUGCAAUUUUUGCGAAAACAUCACCAAAAUAGAUAAAGUGGAAAAUAUAUCUCCUGACACAUUCUACAAAGAAUACGUAAAAACUGCAAAACCAGUAGUAGUAACAGACGGUAUAAAGAACUGGCCAGCAUCUACCACAUUCUCCUUCCAAUUCUUCAAAAAUCUCUACAGCACUGUCGAAAAAAACGGCAAUCCCAAAAAAUCUUGCCAAUUUUUUCCGUACAAAACCGAAUUCAAAGGCUUAGAAGAAGUCUUCGGCAUGAGCCAAGCCAGAGCCAGCUUAUCUCCCGGAGAAAAACCUUGGUACGUGGGCUGGAGCAACUGCAACAAUGAGGCUGGCAAAAAAUUACGCAAGUACUAUUCCAAACCGUACUUUCUGGGCAACAACUCUGAAAACAUUGCCAUGACUUGGAUCUUCAUGGGGGGACCUGGAUAUGGAGCACACAUGCAUAUCACCUUUCGCCAACGUACUAUAAGGAAGAUUUCAUUGGGUCUCAAAACCAUCAAAGCUUGUGGCUCCGACGGAAUCCCACCGAUUGAUCUCAAGAAAUGUGCUCCCGAACUCACACCUGUUCUCUGCAAGUUGUUCUACUACUCUUACGAAUUGGGGAUAUUCCCGUCCAACUGUAAAAUUGCAAGAAUCAUGGAGACAGCUAUCAACAUCGAGCUCAUGAAAUACCUGGAACAUUCAGGUAUUAUCAACGAUAGACAAUAUGGCUUCCGUCAUCAGAUAUCAACUAGUGACCUGCUCGCUUACGUCUCACAUAUAUGGCAGCAAUCUAUUGAAAAAUAUGGUGAAACUUUAGCCGUGGCACUUGAUAUCUCCAAAGCAUUCGAUAGAGUCUGGCACCACGGACUCCUCGCCAAGCUUCCAUCGUCUCUCCAUGUAGUGGUCGACGGAGUUUCAUCUGACUCUCUCACCAUAAAUGCCGGUGUUCCGCAAGAAUCAAUUCUAGCACCAACACUAUUUCUACUCCAUAUCAACGAUUUGUUGAAAGCAACUUCAUGUCCAGUACACAGCUUCGCGGAUGAUAGUACCCUCCAUACCGCCUUCUCUUCCAGGGCUCCAAUACAAGCCAGGCAAAUCAGAAACGAACGAGGAAGAAAUGUUGACAACAUAAAUAUGGACUUGGCAACAAUUCUCGAAAGGGGAUCAAUUAACUUGGUAGAUUUCAAUGCAAACAAAACAUAA